UCCAAACAAACCUCCCAGUGCCUGUUUGAGUCAAUCCGCAAAAUUGGAAGCUUUUGCAAGGGCCUUGUCCCCCAAGUGCUCUAACCCCAGGUGCAUGGGGGGAGAGGGACACGCUCCAGCACAAUGGACACACCUGCAAUCUUCACAGAGGGAGAAGUCUACCAGGCACAUUUCGACCCUAGAGACUACUUGGAAACAUGGUACAACUUUGACGGGGGUCUUUCCAAUAAGAACAGUCUGAUGACAUCUGUCCUGAGAAACCUGCACAAGGUGUUCUCUGCAGGUGAUGUGAAGGGCGACACCCUGAUAGACAUUGGCAGCGGCCCCACCAUUUACCAGCUCCUUUCUGCCUGCGAGAAGUUUAACGAGAUCAUCACUUCGGACUAUACGGACCGGAACCGCCAGGAGCUGGAGAAGUGGCUGAAGAAGGAGCCGGGAGCGUUUGACUGGACCCCGGCGGUGAAAUACGUGUGCGAGCUGGAGGGACAGAGGGAAAAGUGGGCUGAGAAGGAGGAGAAACUGAGGAAGAAAGUGAAGCAGGUUCUGAAGUGCGAUGUGAGGAAACCCAACCCUCUGGCCCCCGUGACGCUGCCCCUGGCUGACUGCCUGCUCUCCAUGCUGUGCUUGGAAGUUGCCUGCAAAGACCUGGGCACCUUUCGUGCAGCCGUGAAGAACAUCAGCUCCCUGGUGAAGCCGGGGGGAUACUUGGUGUUAAAUACAGUCCUGAAAGGAACCUACUACUUGGUUGGGCAGCGCAACUUCUCCUGCCUGGGCCUGGACCAGGAGUCGGUGGAGGCAGCUGUAAGAGAUGCUGGGUGUAUCAUUGAGCACAUCCAAGAGGCUCCAGAACCUGCUCCCGAAUCCAUCUCGGACUACACCGACCUGGUCAGUGUGGUGGCACGCAAGCAGCACGCUGCAUGAGUCUGGUCACUGUAUACAGGCACGGCCACAUGCACCCUCUGGAAGAUGCUCUCCCCUUUCCCCAAUAUCUCCCACCCCCAUCUCUCAUACCAGGAGGCCCAAUGAGGAUCAUUGCCCAGAAUGACUCGCACCUGCUUCAACUCCACUGGUCUGCUCUGAAUCAGGCCCAGAAAAUACUCUUACUUGCUAUCUCGUGGAAAUUGCUCUAGGAAGGUGGCAUCCUUCAGCACUAAGUAAAAUGGAGCUGGAAACCUUG